AUGGUUAGAAAAACUAUCCAGCAGAAGAAAGAAGCAAUGAAAGGAGCCCUCAUGGAAAAUUUAGAAGAACUUGUGAUGAAGGAAGAUGUCGAGGAGACAUACAAAGGAAACAGAAUUAAAGCCUGCACCAAAUCCACCUCGCCCGCUAAUGCCGUCACCGCGUCGUCGUCGUCGCCGCGCAACAGAGCCUCCCUGAGCUUCACGGCGGUGUCCAAGAGCCCCGGCGGGUCCUGCUUCGUCAACUACACCACCGGAGCGAGGCUGGAGAGCCUCGACGCCGUCUCCCACAUCGUCUUCGUCUUCGGAACGCCGCCGUCGGACGCCCCCACCACGCCCGAGCUCCCGGAGAGCUUGUGGUCGCCGUGCUCGUGGCCGCACAGUCGCGAGCCCCUCCUGUGCGCGCCCACUCGCGCCCCGCCUCUACACUCACUCACGCGCCCGUCCCCCUAUUGCCGCGCUGCCGCACUCGCCCCAUCCCUGCUCGCCGUUAACCCGGCGCAGCUUUGCCCCGUCACCAGCAGCUGCUCCCCGCGCCCCCGCAGCCCAGCGCUCGCCUGCUGCCGCCAGCCGCCUGCAUGCGCGUGGCCGCCCCUCCCCCAGUCGCGGCCUCGCUCACCCCGGCUGGCGCCCGCCGCCCCGUGCCCGCCGCAGGCCCGAGCUCCACCGCCGCCCCGCUCACUGACGCCGCCGCCACAGCCCACCACCGGCUCCCCCACGGCCACCGUUCGACUCGCCCGGGAGCGCUCGUUCGAACGCCACCACCCACGCGAGCUCCCCUGGCCGGAGUCGGCCUGCCGGCGAUCGCCGGAGCCGCCGGAUUAG